AUGGUGUUGAUAACCGAGGAACAAGGUGAAGGUUCAAAGGUUCGAGAGAAUGGAGUGCCCGCUGGCAUUGGACCGGUUGGGACUGACUUUAGGACCAAUAACGUUGCCAUGGCUAAACCUGUUAUGUCCCUCACCAGGGUUGAUGAAGAAGGACAUGAGUGUGAUGAGCCAGAUGAGGACAAUGAUGAGAGCGCUGAGGCUGAUUACACAAGGAACUAUUGGGAUGAUGACGACGAUAUCUACCAGGAGUUUGAGGAGUUGGACUUCGAGUCCCUGCCCGAUCGGUCGGACACCCGCAGCAUUAGCUCGGACGAUUCUUUCUAUCCCCCAGACAAUUCAGUUGACUCCCGAAUAUGGUUCCGACCACCAACCCCCGAAAGCCCUGAGCCAGUUUCCUUCUUUAAGGCCUGUUGCAACAACAACGCUAUCAUCGUAAAGAUCAUGAUAAGACAAGGGGUGACCGAGGAGGAAGUGAGAGAGACGGACAGGAACAGAAGAUCCGGUCUGAUUGUGGCGUGUUACCAUGGCUAUGUGGACGUGGUCAUCGCCCUCUCUCAGUGUCCGUAUCUGGAUGUUAACUGGCAGGACAACGAGGGAAACACUGCUCUUAUAUUUGCAGCACAAGCAGGUCAUAUAUUCAUCUCUAACUACCUGCUCAACUAUUUCCCCGGGCUCGACAUCGAGAGGAGAAACUGUCACGGUUUCACAGCUUUGAUGAAGGCCGCCAUGCAGGGCCGAGCUGAGUGUGCCAGGGCUCUCAUGAUGAAUGGAGGAGACAUUCAGGCACGAGACAACGGCCGUAAGAUGACUCCCAGGGAGUGGGCUCUCUUCACCGGUCGAUACGAGACUGCACACCUGAUGUAUCGCCUGAUGUCGAAGCCCUGUGCUGAGCAGUUCUGUGACUCCUUCUCCCUGGAGUGGCCCCUGCUGGAGGAGCUGGUGGCCCAGGCUGAGGAACCAAAGUCCUGCUGGAGGCAUUUGCUCAACCUCCUGUCCUGCUGCCCUUACAGGUUUUACAUACACAACAAGGUGAAUAAUGUGGACGAUGGCGUUCUUGAUCAUAUGGUCCGGGUUACCACCUGUCUUGCUAGUCCUGUUAUGGCCACAGCUUGCCGCACUGUGUCCCCUGGCAGCCCGCCGUGCAUCGGGAAGCGCCGCUAUGCUGUGCCAGAGAUCCUGAGAAGGCAUCGAGUGGCUGAGCUGAAGCGUAUGGGCCCAGACAGACUGAACAACUACAAGAGGUUUUUCCAGAACUCCCGGGUCCUCCUCAUCCCUAAGGUGAAGGACCGCAGGGCCAGCCUCCAGCCGCAGCUGCUGAGCGACGUGGCCGCAGCAUCCACGGUGGCUUUCAGGCGAGCGAGUCUGCUCCCUCUGAACAUGAUGAGGAGAAGCAGCGUGCGGCCGGGCAUCGUGGUGCCUAAAGUGAGACUCUGCAAAGCCCCAGCUCAGAACUUUCACCCUGACAAACUCAGACGCAGCGCUGACCACAACCAGCUGCAGAUCCCAAAGUGGAACUACAAGAUGAAGAGGGUCGAGAGGAGGCAGGAGGAGGACAGGCAGAGACUGUUACCUCCACCACGCAGGAGAUGAGGGGAGCUGACGCUGUGUGCUCACACAGAGCUGCACAUGACACGUUGCCACUUUGGCAAACUUAACUGUGUCUGGUGGACAAACGCACAGAGCUUACAACACUCAGGGCUGAAAUCCUUGAAGAACUGAUCGAAAGACUUGACCUUUGACCUUUUGAUAUAACUUUGAAUCAUCAUCUGUUGAUAAGGUAGCUUUCACUGCUGGUUUGUUUGCCUUGUUUCUAUUUGUGUUUCCUCUGAGGGGCUUAACUUGAGAAGCAGUGAGGGAGAAACUCGUGAAUGAAACUACAAGUAAUGAACAGUAACUGUAACUCAUGGUGGAUUUUUAGUGCAAGGCAUGAAGGAAAGAUGAGAGGAGGAUUUUUUUAACCUGCAUUUUAUUAAUAAUAAUAAUGACCUUUAGUUUCUAUGCAAGGUGAAAGUAAAAUAAAAAAUACUUCAGGGGUAAGAAUGUUGCAUUGCAUUUGAAAAAUAACCUCAAAUGUUAAAAAUCUUCAACUUUAAUCUCCAGACUUUGAGUUCAAAGUUCAGAAUGUAAAAUGUAAAUGACAGAGAAGUCUCUGUUGUCUUCUCCUGGUUCUCUUUCUGAUGUUUUAUCUGAUGACUGGCACUGACACAAAAUGAUGAUGUCAUUCUCAACAUUUAAAAUGUAUUCUCCAAAUUUUCACUUAAUCUAUGAAAUUAAAGAAAAAUCCUUUUCCCACUUUUCUUAAA